AUGCCUAGAACUGUUUCACCGAAAUAAUGCAAUUCUUUAAAACUCAAUAACUUUGUUAUUUGUUAUCCGAUUUCGAUCAAAUUUUCAGCCUUUUGCUUUGUGAAUUUUACUCCAUUUAUUGAGAUAGAAAUAUCUGCAGCCUGGACCAUCCCUUUAAUAGGGAUUUUCCCCUGGAUUGUUUGUUUCUAGCAUGCUGAACCCUGCGACCAUUACUCCGGAAUUUCCCUUUCAUUAUCUUCAACCCGGAAAAAAGGUGAAAGUUUGCCGUUUUAAUGAUGAAACGCAUGAAAACAUAUUGAUUUACUCUGCAAAUUCUCAUUUCUUUUACAAACUUUGUGGCAAGCAGUAGCUGAUACUUUUUUUACUGCUGGGUGCAUGAUGAAGUUGAAAGGUUUAUUCUCUUUCCUGCUGUUAGUAGGUAUUAGUAGCAUGGUGUCGAGUAUGUUAGUGCUCGAUACAGAUGAUUUGGGAUGGAGUGAGUGGGGAGAGUGCUCGCGAAGAUGUGGCGGUGGUAGUCAGUCUCGCAAUGUUAUCUGUGACGAGGGAAUCGAACCACAACUGUGUUCUUACCUGAAGAGUUCCAUUCCCAGAAGGCAACUGAUGCAGGAGCGAGAGUGUAACACGCAACCAUGCGAAGUGAGAGGAACGUGGAGUGCGUGGAGUGAUUGGCAUGCCUGCUCUGCGACCUGUGGGUCAUCAGUUUUUAAGAUGAGAACAAGGUCCUGUAACGAUGACAACGAUAACCAACUAGGUUCAUUGAACUGUAAUGGCUUGACCUACGAGUGGCGUCAGUGCGAGGGUUUGCCAGUGUGUCCUAGCAACGAUCAAAGUAAUGAUCUGACGUCACACGUUGAACAUGGAUAUGAACUCCACUCAUUCAGUUCUUUCCAGAGCUACAACAAGAUCUCAGAGGUGGAAGAAUUGUCAGCGUUGUCCUGGUCUGAAAGUAGCUAUGACAUUUAAUACAUUAUCCGUUGUUUGAUUAUCCAGGGACGGCUGUCCCAUUAAUUGGUAUUAUUAAUGUCAUAAGUUGCCACCAAUUAUGUUUCUUCUUAAAGAAAAAGCGAUACAACCUAAAUUUCUUAUCAAUUUUAAUACUAUUUUUUUUAAAUUUAUACCUCGAUCCACUGCUGGUUAUCUCAAAUGGAUCCACUUAGCAACAUUUUCAAGUGUGCAUUAUAUUGAAGGGGGUGAUUGUAUACUCCUGUUAAAAUGAUAUGUACUGCUAUCCAUUUUUGUUUUAAAUGUAGUGAUUAACUAUAAAAUGUUUACAUGUGAAAAUAAGUUAAGGGUCAUGACUAUUUGUACUAGAACUGCUAAUGAUGAGAAAAUGUGAGAAAUUUCCUCCCUACACAAUAUUAUAAUCUUAAGUCAUACAAACUUACACAUAGUAUGUGUAAGUUUGUAUGACCACUCUAUCACCUUUGCUUUUGUUUAGUCACCCACAUGUUUAUUACAUGGGUGACUAAACAAAAGCCAAGUGAAAGAUAGAAAGUAAAUGAAUGCUCUCUCUCCCCCUCUCUCUCUUUCUCUCUCAGUAAGAGGUUGGGAAAGUUUAGUUUAUAAAGUAAAUGAAAGAAAUAUAUAGUAAUAGUAUAUUUAAUUUUUUCUAUUAUCAUUUCCAUGUGUCAACAUGCACUGCACUAUGAAUAUCCUUAUGUACCCAGUGCAAUUCAAUCAAUCAUAAUAAUUGCAUAGAGGUACUAAAAUAACAGAUCUGUAUAAAGAGUGAAUUUCUUCCUCAAAGUAGAAUAGUUUGCCCACAUGUGUUUACAUUAAAAUCAUCAAUAUUAUUUUGUAGACAGAAAGCAGCAACAAUUUUUGCUUCAAAGUAAUAUCACAUGUGAAAUAAAUUUACAGGUAAAUCCACACAACUCAGUCAAUUAAAUAUUUUUCACGGCACAUUGUAAAUAGUGUAAGUAACAGUUUUACACUGAAUCCUACAAAGCCCAUCAUUGCUCAUAAAUAGUAAGAGCAACUUUUCUGUGAAUAACAAAAUAUUGAUAUUAAUUUAGCAAUUUAGCAAUAAAAAAAAAAGAAAUUACAUUUUGUAUCAAUACAAUGAUAAUGUCUAAUACCUUUAUGUUUUUUACUAUUCUCUUGAAUUAUCAUUAAACAAUUAUACUGCAAUAACAUACUUGUAUGAACACUGUUUUGUACACAUCAAUCUGUGUGUUUCAUUACACAUGCAUGUAAUGCAACGUUACUAAUUCACCUUCAUCCUGAUAGAUUUGUUAACAACAAUGUACUCAAUACCAUGCAUUAAUCCCUGUGUUUUUUUUCUCUCUUUUAAUGCAGGAAAAAUUGUUAAUCCACUUAAAAAAAUACUCCUCGCAUGAUAAUGAAGAUAGGUAGCACAAGUAUUAUGAAGAUAGGUAGCACAAGUAUUAUGAAACACAGAGUGAAAUUCUUCAUAAAACUCAUAUUUUUUCUAACCCUGGUAAAUGUCAACUGGGUAUUUAAACUUGACCUUGAAUAAAAUUAAAUAUUUUCAGUUUAAA